UGAAUAAUUCAUCAUUUUUGUAAGACUCAACGAGUCGAAGAUUAUGUUGAUUUAAAGUUUUAUCAAGACUUCAUAUUGCUUCAACAUUUUGUUCAUAGUUAGUAGAGAAAAUUGUGUUCUGUAGUCGUAUAUUAGAAAAAAAAAUACUUUUUGAACAUGGAGGUACUUGAUUGUUCUUUAUGUAGAUCUAGUUUUAGUACGAUUAAGUUGUUUGCGCAACAUUUAAAAGUUUUUCAUAAAGGUGCUUUAAAAUUUAUAUGUAAUAAACGAGACUGUAUGAGAACUUUCAGUAAUAGAUCUGUUUUUAUAAGUCACAUGGGGUCACAUUUUUCUAAAACGACAUCUGAUUUAGAAAAUAUUACAAAAGAGAUUGAAAAUGAUGAGACUGUAAACUUAAAUUUUGAAGAGCCGAAAUUCUUUGAAAAUAACGAAAAACUUGAUAUAGAAAUAGUGUUAGAAUCUAAUAAUAAACCUGUUGAGAAAGUAAGUGAACCCAAAGAUAUAGAAAUGACGUUAGAAUCUAAUAAUAAGCCUGUAGAGAAAGUAAGUGAAUGCAAAGAAACGAAUUUUCGUGAAGAAACUAAACAAGACUAUGAAAUAAAAGUAGCUGGCGCAGUUGAUAUGUUAAUGUCAAGUUUGUAUGCCAAAAUUUCUUUGCCCAUAAACAUGAUUAUAUUUCUCAUGACAAUGUUUCAAAACUUCUAUAACACUAAUUUUGUUGAAAAAAUGCUUUCGUUUAAUAAUAAAAUUUUACGUUGUGAUAGCCUCAAUAACAUUCUUAACUUAAUGAAAAAUAUAUUUUUUAAUUAUUCAACUUAUCAUAAAGCAAUAAAAUCUUUCAAAUAUCUUUUUUAUGUAGAAUCAGAAGUUGUUCCCGUGGCAAAUAUAUUAAAAACAAAACGAAUUCACAGAAGAAAAAAAUAUGUUUCAGUCAAAGUAUCGGUCGCUAGUGUACCUAUAAAAAAAGUUUUGAAACAUUUUCUCGAACUUCCAAACGUUUACUCAUCAAUAGUAAAUUAUAUUAAUGAAAAAGAAAAAUGUAAGUGUAUAUGCUCUAUUUUUCACAGUGAAAGAUGGAAAUACAUUAAAAAUAAAUUUCCAGGAAAAAUUGUACUACCGUUUACUGUGUUUGGCGAUGAUUUCGAGAUAAAUAAUCCUAUAGGUUCCCAUAAGGGACGCAACAAAUUACAUAGCCUUUAUUUUACUAUAUUAGGAAUACCACCGGAAUUUGCUAGUCAUUUGCAAAAUAUAUUUCUACUACAAAUAUGUAAAUCCGAAUUUAAGAAAAUAGUAAAGCAUUCUAAGCUUUUUCAUCCUGCUGUGCGACAAAUCUUAGAUUUACAAAAAAAUGGCAUUACGAUAAAUGUAAGUGGUAGAAAUAUAAAAGUCUAUUUCGAUAUUUUCAAUAUAAGUGGGGACAAUUUAGAACUGCACACACUGUUAGGAUUUAAUGAAAGUUUUAAUUCAAAAUUUCCAUGCCGAAUUUGUUAUAUGAGUAAGGAACAGUGUAAAACUUGCGUCAAAGAAAAUGAAAAAAUAUUACGUUGUACUCAAACACAUUUAUUAGAUGUUCAACAAAAAUCACAUGGCGUCAGAAGCGAAAAUAUAUUUUCUAGUAUUCCUGGAUUUGAUCUAUUCAAAUGCGUAUCAUUUGACCCAAUGCACGAUCUACUUGAGGGACUAUGCAGAUAUGAGUUAGCAGAGAUAUUGUAUCGCCUUAUAUUUGUUGAUAAGUUAUUUACUUUUCGCUUACUACAGACAAGGUUGGAAAGCUAUUCUAAUCCUAACGCAACAAAUGAAACACCUUCGUUAAAUAUUGAUCACAUUACAAAAAAAAAAUGUUUAAUAAUGAGCGCUUCUGAGAUGAAGUUUUUAUUAUUUAAUCUCACAUUCUUAAUUGGUGAUUUGGUCCCCAGCAUAAAUAAGUCUUGGAAGUUGUACUUGUCAUUACGUAAGAUAGUAUUUUUAGUCUUUGCUCCAGUGCUAACAGAAAAAAGUAUUUCGAUAUUGCAGCAAGAGAUAACAAAUCAUCAUAUCUUAUAUCGCAAGACUUUAAAAAAACUAUUAAAGCCAAAACACCAUCAUUUGCUGCACUACAUCAGAUACAUUAUAUUGUUAGGAUUACCACGACAAUUGUCGUGUAUGCGUUUUGAGGGUAGACAUAGGCCAUUAAAAAAUAUUGCUAGAGCAACCACUUCGAGAACUAAUUCUCCGAAAACCUUAGCUAUAAGAAAUCAGUUGCAAUUGAAUUAUGAAUUUUUAGUUGGCCAGGGAUUCCAAAAAGCAAUUUAUUGUGGCAAGCAGUUGUUCGUAAGCAUAGAAUUUUUAAGUAAAUUUAAUUUAUUCAAAGAUAAAGUGUCUGAAGACGUAAAACUUACUUACACUCCAGUUGCCUGGAUUAAAGUAAAUGGAAUAACGUAUAACGAAAAUUCUGUGUUAGUGACGGGAAUUCAUGAAAAUUUAGUACAAAUAAGUAAAAUUGUUUAUACUUUGAUUAAACAAGAGUCUAAAGAUAUUAUGUUUGUAGGUCAAAAUCUAAAAAUUGUUAACUAUUCGUCUCAUUUAUGUGCUUACGAAGUUCAAGAAACAAAUGGUUUCAUUUGCGUUUGCGAAAAUAAUUUGUUUUCAAACGCAAUUUAUAACUUGCAGAAAAUGAGCGAUGGAAAAUUUUAUGUAUGCUAUGACAUGUAA